UCAUCGAGCGUUGUCUAACCCGGAUAGGCAAGGACCCAGAUACAUUUACGCUACAGCACCGUGAAAGAUAUUUCUAGUUAUGGAACAGUGGAUAUACAUGUUUGAUAUCAACGAUUAUACCAUUUCCUCUUUUUACUUUAUCUAGCGGAAGGUUUCUCCUUCAAUUAUGGAGUUUUAAAAAGCACAGCGUGACUUUUGAGGGGAAAGGUCGGCUUUCCCCUCAAGUUGAUGGUUGGACUGCAGGGUGUCAACGUUGAAGGAAUUCUUGAAUGUUUUGCCUUUUGUAAAUUAUUUAAAGAACAUGAGAGAACAAAUUAUUUUUUUAUGAUAUUGUAUGAUUUUGUACAGAAGAUAAAACACAGGUUGAUGUUGUUUAUUUAGUGAUCAUUAUAAGGCAAAAGCCUUGGCUUGUGAUCUGUAUUUUCUUGAGAUGGUAGACUGAGCAAGUCACACAGUCUCUGGGGUUGCUAGGGUGCAGUGGAACCUCAACACAAGCACAAUUCUAGCACUCCACAGCACGGCCAGCUCAACCUUUUGUUUUGUGUUAAUCUUUUUUCUCCCUUAUUAAGAGAAGCCUUGUUUCAUUACAAAUUGUCACUGCAACGUGCAGGAGUAUUUGCUCCUGCAUGGUGGUUUGUCUUUAUUUCAGUUUGUAAUUUAGGGUAGUGUCAAAAGACAGCAGGCCUUAUUUGGAAGAUUUUGGAUAGCCCAGAAUGAAUCUGGAAUUGUCAGAAUGUACUCCAAAAUGCCGCUCAUUGCAGCAUGCAAAUGAGGUGACAGCAGCAAUAACGAGUGGCUCGGAAGGACAGUUGCGAGCUUUCUUAACAUCACACUGCCACAAUGCAGCAACUUUGCGGGAUGAAUUUGGCCGUACAGCAUUGCACCUGGCUGCCUCACUGGGAAAGAAGGCCUUACUGGAGUGGCUGCUGGAAAAUAAGAAGGCUGACUUGACAGUGAAGGACAAAGAAUCAGGCUGGACUGCUCUGCACCGCAGUGUCUUCUAUGGACAGAUCCACUGUCUUCUUUCCCUUGUCAAGCACGGUGGAGUCCUCUCCACUCAGGAUAAGGACGGUCUUUCAACUCUGGACCUGGUGAUGAAGGACCGACCACCUCAUGUUGUGUUAACAAAUGCUGACCCGACUGAAGUUUAUACAUGGGGAAAUAAUACUAAUUUCAGCCUUGGGCAUGGUAAUCAAGAGAGUCGACAGCACCCCGAACUUGUGGAUGUGUUUCCCAGGACUGGAGUUUAUAUUAAGCAGGUGGUGCUUUGCAAGUUCCAUUCAGUGUUUCUGUCUCAAAAAGGUCAGGUCUUCACUUGUGGACAUGGUCAAGGAGGACGGCUUGGACAUGGAGAUGAACAGACUUACCUGGUUCCCCGAAUGGUGAAGGGCCUGAUGUCCCAACACUGUUCUCAGGUGGCGGCAGCUAAAGACCACACAGUGGUGCUGACCGAAGAAGGCAAUGUUUACACUUUUGGACUCAACACUUACCACCAGCUCGGGUUGACUCCUCCACCUGCUUCGGCACAUGUUCCUAAACAGGUGGUUUCCAAGACACUAAAAGGGAAGACUAUAAUUGGAGUCGCAGCUGGCAGGUUUCACACAGUUCUUUGGACUAGGGAGGCACUUUAUACAAUGGGACUCAAUGGAGGGCAACUUGGUUGCCUGUUGGAUCCCAAUGGGGAGAAAUGUGUAACAGUCCCACGGCAGGUAUCUGCUCUGCACCACAAGGAUGUCAACAUAGCAAUGGCUGCCGCAUGUAGUGGCGCUACUGUGAUAGUGACGGAGAAAGGAGAUGUCUACUUGUUGACUGACUACCAGUGCAAAAAAAUGGCAUCAAGGCAGCUCAACAUCAAAAAAGUCUUGGUCAGUGGUGGAAAUCUCGACCAUCGUGUGAACCGCAAGAUUCUAAGUGAGUGUGGGGGGGAAAAGUUGUCCAUUCUGGCUUUGGAUGAAGCUGGUCGGGUGUUCUGUUGGCGCUCCUCAGGUAGCUCGAUGAGACAUUGCCGGUGGGCGUAUGGGCGCCAGGUUUUCAUGUCCGACAUUGCUCUCAGCAAAAAUGGCAUGAUGUUUGUGACUCAGGACGGGGAGGGAUUCAGUGGCGUGUGGGCUGGUGAAUAUAAAAAGUUUGGUGAGAAAAAAGAGAUGAAUGUAGAGGUUUGUGGACAUUCAAACUUUGGCUCAGUGUUUGAGCGAAUUCGUCUGGAAAAGCUUCCCUACGUUCACAGAGCUGUCAGUAUCACCAUGGACUCCAACGGUCGAAAUUUUGGAGUGCUUCAAGUUGACCCCAAAGCUAGUUUAUAUGAGAUUCCCAGCAUCUCUUCACCCUCCUUUGCCACACACUUCAAGAAACUUCUGGAGGAAGCAGAAGAAAUGGACAGUAUCCAUGAUGUAACACUUCAAGCUGGAAAUCGCACCUUCCCAGCUCACAAAUAUAUCCUGUCGAUGAGGUCUGAGUUCUUCCGUAAACAGUUUAUGGCUGAGCAUUGUGGGAUUGAGGAUAUUGAUAAAGAAGUGAAGAAGAGCGAAGACGCUGUGGGCUGCGACUUGUUAGUUUUGGAGAACAUUGCACCGGAAAUGCUGGAGUACGCCCUGCACUUCAUCUACACAGAUAACUGUGAGCUCUUGGUGCACGGGGCGCAACCUAGACACCAUGGAUCCCUGAUGGAACAAAGCCAGGAUUCAGAGGAGGAGAGGCUUAUCAGCAGCCUGCAGACCUUAGGUCUUAGAGGUCGAUCAGCACUGGAAAUCUACCACUCCCUUCCCCUUGCAGCCAAAGGUGAUUGUAACAAGGCCACAAGCAAAGGCUCCAAACCCAGCAAAAAGGGGAAAGGUAAAAGUGACAAAGGUACCCAUGAAAGAGGGGACAACCCAGUAAAAACUUUACAGGCGGUAGCAAAGAAGCUCGGCCUGGGCAUCCUGUCUGCACGACUGGAUGGUGUCAAAUAUGAGGGCGGAAAGAUCCAUGUUAUAGACAAGAAAACUGGCAACAAAUUUAAGUUCAAUCAAAAUAAAUGUUCCUACCUAUGUGACGUUACUCUGAAAUCAGAAGAUGGCAAAGAGUUCCCGUGCCAUAAAAGUGUCCUCUGUGCGAGACAAGAAUACUUCCAUAGUAUGCUGAGCAGUUCAUGGAUUGAGGCUACAGCUUGUACUGCACUUCAGAUGCCCACCACCUCAGACGUUCUGCUUGUCAUUCUCGAGUAUAUUUACACAGACGAUUGUCCCACCAUUAAAGAGUCUACAAAUGUGGUUUUUGUCUGCAACGUACUUGCUGUAGCAGAUCAGCUGCUGAUCACACGAUUAAAGGAAAUGUGCGAGGUUGUCAUCACAGAGAAUUUAACCCUGAAAAAUGCAGCAGAGCUGCUGGAAUUUGCCUCCAUGUACAACGCAGAGCAACUUAAACUCUCCUGCUUCCAGUUCAUUGUGCUGAACAUGGCUGUGCUACUAGAGUCAAAAGCACUGGAUUGUCUUAGUGAUGAAGUGCUUCUGGAGCUUUCUACAGCCUACAAGGGGAUGAUCCCAGCAAUGCGUAGGAGAAUUGUCACUCCAUAUCCUGAUGCCCCAGAUCUGAGGACGUACGAAGAUGAGGAUUUUGACUUUGCCUUCAGCUCGAAACUAGAAUCUGAACUGGACCAAUCCAGCAGGGAAGUACUAUUAAAGAAAGCCAAGAUGAAGGCCAAAAAGAAACCAAGGCGACGCUCUGACAGCUCAGGAGGUUACACUCUGUCUGAUAUUAUUCAAAGCCCCCCUGCUACAGCAGUUUCCCCAUGCCUGGUGAAGGCACGAAAAGGCACCUCCACAGAGUCACUGCAGGAGCUGCUCACGUCAGACUCUGAGGGGAGCUGCAUGGGCCUGGGUAGCCCCAGAGAUGUGCAGUCACCAGUAUUUCAUGACAGAGCUGUGGAGGAGAGGGUCUUGUGUCCGAGGAUGAAGACUCCACCCGGUACAUUAACAAGGGAAGGCCACCCACCUCCCCCUAGCUCUGGUCCAAAAGAUAUUCCAAAGACCCUUCAUGGACCUUCCCAUCCACCUCCAGUCUUAGAUCUUAGAACCAUCAUGGACAUGGAAGCUAACUCUGUCAAGACCCUUAAAGCAGCUCCUAAAAGCCUCGCAAGUGUCACUACCCUCUGCAAAUAUUCUCCUGGUUCUACAAAAUUGUCCCAAAAGCAAAGGAAGAUGUUGUCCUUGGCCAAUAAAGAGACCACUGUGGAGUCCACGGCAUCUAAACCAACCAUCACGCCUUGCAAGAACAGUAGUGGGAAGACCUGGGCAACAUCCCUCCAAUCCCAACCCUCACCUUGCUCAUUUCGGGCACUGCUCGAGGAGGAGGAGAACAUACUCAUCAGAGCGGGGCAGCCUGGAACUCACAGGGGUCAAAGUACUCAAGCGUUCCCUGUCAGUGUCACACCUGUUAGUAGGAGAGUGGCGUUCAAAUCCACUGACAGCAGUGAGGUGGAGAAACCUGGGCCUUGGGUGAAGGCAGCAGUCGGUAGCCCACCCCUCCCCUCCCUGGUGACCUUUGCCUCCAUCGUAGAGGAGGAGCAGCAGCAGGAAGCGGCACUAAUCCGCAGCCGAGAGAAACCACUGGCACUCAUCCAGAUUGAAGAGCGGGCUAUUCAAGACCUUCUGUUCCAUUACAAGGCUUAUGACAACCCUGAUGAGCUGAUCUUGGUGGAGAGGGCCUCCCCGUGCCCCAUGGCAGCCCCAAUAUGGAACAAACACUGAUUACCUGCCACAACAUGGCAGUAAAUGAGAGGAUUGUUGGCAGUGUGCUAAUGUCAUGCGCUCAUAGAUUAGAAAUCAAUUCUGCUUUCUGCAUCGUGACAUCAAGUUGUCAUCGUUCGCUGCAUUGUGCUGUUAAUGCGUGUCACAGGGUGAAUGUUGUCAAAAAUAUGAAAAUGUAAUCCCUCUGAGAUGUUGGAGGAUGGACCGUUUUUAGGAAUUGCUCACAUGGCUUAAGUUAACGUUUCCCCAAUUGUUUUUGUGAUGUGAUGUUGCCAAAGAAACCAAAUUGAGAUGGAGGCGCACACACGGGGUGCACAGUACAGAAAUGUUUUGAUUUGUUGGAAGUUUGGAGUGCCAACUAGAACUAGAAAAUGGCAGCAUUGACUGCUUUUUUUUUUUAUCUGAUUGAUUUGCAGAGAUGUUAUGAUGUCAUUAGCAUCAGUUGAUACAAAAGUGGAGUGAAUCAAAACUCGGCCACUCUUCCAAACCAUGGUUUGGUGUGUUCAGGUGACAUAAUACAUAUUUUGCAGGGUGGAUUUUGUGGAGAUGCCUUUGACACCCCAUGGUUGCAAGAAGGUGCUGUGAUGUUAUUAGCCUAAAUAGGAAAUAACAGAGAAUCAUGUUACAUUUAUCCUUAUGUACUCAUUUACAUAUUUUACUUUUUGCUUCAACCAGUAUAGGCAAUGUAGGUACCUCAGCUAGACCAUGUGAUAUAUUUGUGUGAUUGGGUUGUGUUUGUAUUAAAGAGCCUGAAAGAUGAGAAAUGGCAUGCAAUAAAGUAUCUCACCUGUGCAAUGA